GGUUUAACUCUGGUCUGACUCUGGUUUAACUCUGGUCUGACUCUGGUUUAACUCUGGUUUGACUCUGGUUUAACUCUGGUUUAACUCUGGUUUGUAGUCGAUCAUCAGAGAAGUUUGUGUUUUGAUGUCAUCUGAACAUAAAACAACUUUUUUUACCACCACAGUUCUUACAAAAUGUACCACACACACACACACACACACACACAUAUGUAUGUGUGUGUGUGUGUCUGUGUGUGUGUGUGUGUGUGUGCAGAGAAAGGUCAUUUUUUAAAAACAUAAUUGAUUAAAUGCCUUGACUCACGUUGGACCAUAAACACAUUUUCUGACUGUGAGUCAACGACCACAUGAUGGCGACGGUGACCAGACUGACAGAGACCCUGUGUCCUGCUGAUGGGAUUAGAGCUGAUUCUUCUGGAACGUCCUGAUGAGCAGCGACCGGCCCCCCCCACCUUAUCAGCCUCUUUACCCAGAGGCCCCUGCGUUCCCUCCAGUUCUCAGCUCCCAGCAUGCCACAGUCCCAGGAUCACCGUUCCAGAACUUCAUGGGUGGAGGAGACCAGUCCUACUACUCUGGACCUCCAGAACCGAUGGGACCCUCAGGGACCUUCUACCUACAGCCUGGGUAUCAGGGGUACCACGCCGGGCCCCGGGCACCACUGCCUUACAGUGAGACCCCAAAACAACCAGGUAGGUCAAAGGUCAGGGGUCAGGUCUACCAGGACCUGGACCUGAGCCGAUCCUGGUCCAGACGGCACGGUGGUGAAGUGUGUCUCAACUCUGCUGUCUCUGUCUCUCUGUCAGUGUACAUGCUGGAGCAGCAGGAACCACACGGGGGCGCCGACGAGUCGUGUCUGACAGGACUGCUCCCUGCUCUCUGCUGCUGCUGCCUCUGGAACGUGCUCUUUCGUCGCUUCUGUUGACCUCUGACCCCGACCUUCCCAUCAUGCAGCAGGGCACAGAGUUAUGGCACCAAACCUUUUCACAGGAAUAAAAAAAAAAAGUAAAUCAGUGCUUUAACCACAGGAAGAACGGGGUCGAGAUCAUGUGACAUGGCGGGCACUGACUGGUCACUGACUGGUCACCGACUGGUCACCGACUGGUCACUGACUGGUCACUGACGCUGGUUGAACGACGUCAGAGUUCAAGUUUUUGUUGCUAAAUUUAACGUGUGUGAAUCAUAUAUGAAUAAAGUUCUAAAAAGCU